AUCUUCGUCACGAGCGGGAACGCGAGCUCCCCGGUGUGGUAACGCGUGUAGAGAAGGAACACGAAUCACAAGUGUGGAAACAUUAAUAUUUAUGCCAGCCAUACCACCACCGCAAAUCACUUCCGUUUAAUUAUCGCGUAAAGUAGUUUAAAAAAAAAGAAAAGAUCGCUAGUGCUUUUUAUACAGCCAUUUUAAUAAAUUAAAAGUAUUCCGUUAUUAUACGGUACGGAAUUACGCCAUUCGGCUAUUUUCCGGUCGAGAUAUCCGUGUUAUUUUCGCGAUAAGACACAGAUACGUUCCGGUAAGUUGCAGUCGCACGAUGACCGCGACCACGACCGCGCCAAGGUAAAUGCCAGCAAGGAGGUCACGGCGCCGGUGAAUUGUGUUAAGUGCGCCAAGCGACUUAUCCCGAGUCUACGAGAAAUUUCACCAUUAGUAGUGCACACGACGGUGAACGACAUACGCCCGGCGAUAUAGCACCUGAACGGUCAAUAUCAACGUAAUAAGAAAAAAAUUUUUAAAUACUACGUCUGUCGUAGUAACAGUUUCCGGAACAAGACGAAAGCGAAAUAAUAAGAUAAUAAGAAGACUGCCGGGAUGCUGCACGAGGAGCUAUUGAGCUCCAGCUAACACGUGGCGAUUACGCGCACACUCCGCAGUUACACGGGCAGGACGGUGUUUCGUCGUGAGAGGCUGGGACCUCCAGGAUGCCAGGGGUGUGGAAGUUGCUACGUACGCUGAUCUAUAUGAUGGUUGGCUUGAAGAACGUCAGUAGCAACAGCGACAUUUGGCCGUUGGAGAGGCCAGAGGGUAUGCCGGCCAUCCAAUCUUUGGAGGUGAUGUGCGGAAAAGAUCAUAUGGAUGUCCAUCUCUCGUUCUCGCAACCCUUUGAAGGUAUCGUCUCGUCUAAAGGUCAACACGCGGAUCCACGUUGCAUCUAUGUUCCACCGUCCACCGGACAAACGUUCUUUUCCUUCCGGAUAGCUUAUGCAAGAUGCGGUACGAAACCGGACAUGCACGGACAGUUUUAUGAAAAUACCGUGGUGGUUCAGUACGACAAAGACUUACUCGAAGUUUGGGACGAGGCUAAACGUCUGCGAUGUGAAUGGUUCAACGAUUACGAGAAGACCGCGUCAAAACCACCAAUGGUUAUCGCGGAUCUCGAUGUGAUACAGCUGGAUUUUAGAGGCGACAACGUAGACUGCUGGAUGGAAAUUCAGCACGGCAAGGGUCCAUGGGCGCCACCCGUGUCCGGUAUCGUGCCACUCGGUUCCACUCUUACUCUGGUCGUCGCCAUAAACGAUUAUCGAGGUGAGUUCGACAUGCGGGUCAAGUCGUGCGUGGCUUCAGACGGCGGCGGUCACACGAUACAGCUCAGCGACGAGUUCGGCUGCGUGCUAAGACCGAAGAUGAUCAGCCGGUUCUUGAAGGCGCGCGGCUCGGACGACCGCGCGACCGUGAUCACGUACGCCUUCUUCCACGCGUUUAAGUUCCCGGACGCGUUAAGCGUUCAUAUCAAAUGCAAGGUGGAAAUAUGUCGGCACGGUUGUCUGGAUCAUUGUCAAUUGAGCGGCUCUAUAGCUCAUUAUAUUCAAGAAAGAAAGGAUCAUGUACGACCGCAGUAUAUAGAGAAUAUGGCAACUUCCAUCCCUUCCAAUGACAACGAUAACAGUAGCUCGGACAAAGAAAACGAAGACUCGGAUGGCAACGUGGAGCAUGGAGAUGGUUCUCUGUACGAUGAUGUCAUUCAGAACGGGGACGAUAUGACGUCGAUCGGCGGACAUUUUCUAGAUGUUGAAAAGUCGAUUCCAAAAGCUCAAGCACAGACGAGUAACCGGUUACCGUCGACUGUGACUGAAACGCAGCGCGAUAGCGAACCGGAUGACGUCGAUUUAUCAAAACCAUUUAUGGAACCAUCGCGGAUGAAUAAAUAUGAGAGCGAACAGGAUCAAUUUCCGCAUGGACCACGGAAUCUGGAGGAAGACAACGGCGCGGUGCCGGUGACGCCGCUCUCCGCCAGUGUCACUCGUCGAAAACGCUCGGUGACGGUGACGGAUAGGAAAGCGCGUAGCGCUGACGUCGGUGUCAGCGGUAUUUAUGAGGUCAUCUCCGAGGCGGAUCUAGCCUUUAGUCCGGACACGCACGCCGAGGCAGUGACAGUUUUUCAGGGCAGGAUACGCGAAGAGGUCGUUUACGGGAUCUGUCUGCCAAUGCCAGGUUUUAGCGCGCUUUUCAUCGUCGUCGCGCUGUCGGCAGUCGUUUCCGCCCUCGUUGCAGGCGCGAUGCUGCAUCGGCUGCAGACGCAGCGGGAUGUCACCGCCGGCAGCAGAGAGAACAACCAAACCGGAGUACACGCCAAUAAUAACGGCUGGUUGCCUUACGGUUUGCUCCGCGUGCGCUGCACGACGCGACCCACUCAUCAUCCCAAUGAGCUACAACAAAAACAGUCAAACAUAGCUUCGCAGGUUGCUGCGGAUUCAUCGGUCGAGCGAGGCUGACAACAUCUUAAUCCCGGCCUUAAGACGCGUGGGCCAGGUGCGUCUAAGGAGAGACAAUGUGCAAUAAUACGCUGUACAAAGUAUCGUAAGUACAUCACUGAGCUGCGUGCGAUUAUAAACAGGCAUUUAUUGAGAGAAGAGAUACGCAGAGAUAAGCUAGAGGAAAAACAGAAUACCAUUAUAUUUGGUACUAUUGUAUUCAAGUAUCCUCCUGCGAAUCGCGCGACGACACCAAAUUCUCGCGAAUCGCAGUCGUACGAGGACUCUAUCUCUGAUAGAUAUUUACGUUACUCUGAGAUUUUAUCCAAGUUAUUUUAUAUAACUUGCGUAACGUGAAUAUCAUCUCAAUCUCGUAACGCGAUGUUUUUUCAGUCGUUAUGUCACGUGUCGUAGUUUUCAGUAAUCAAUUUAAUACUAAUAAAUACCGCAUUGUUAUGAAUAUUUCUUAUGAAUAUUAUGCAAUGACGAUAUUA